AGAGUAAAACAAAAAAUGCUUCUACAUUUGUAUUGUACGGCACCAAAAUUAUUAUCCAAAUUUAAAUGUAAAUGGUAAAUGUUUUUGAAAUUUCAGUGGAGCGUUCUCCCACCGAUACAUAAUAAGUGUGUCGGGUUUAAUACAAUUCUACUAAUUUUAUACUAAAUCUAAGACACUUGUUAUGAUCUGAGAAAAUACCUUUUUUUAUCAGUAGCAAAGCGUGCAGAUUUUGCCAGCAUGUACAAUCCUCGACUUAAAUUCCAAAUCUACUACUCCCUUCGACCCAUAUUACUAGUCAAAAUAUUACAUGUAUCCGGAUGUUUUUUAAACAUAUAUUCAUAUUUCAGUAAAAUUGAGACAAAUAAUAUGGGUAGGAGGGAGUAGCGACAAAUCAUUACCGGCUACUUCAUCAUUUUCUAAAGUAGCAGUAAUGCGGGUCACUUUCAGCUCCUAAACAAAAUCCUCCGUUGUUCAGAUUAUAGUAGAGCUGGCACACUUUUUACCUCAAACUUUUUCUUUUCCUGUCAACUUGCAUUUUUAAAUCGAGGGGAUAUGGUUGUACUUAGAUAGUUAGAUGCAGAGAGUGACAAGACAACAAGACCAGAGGGUCCUCACCUCUGUGCGUCAAGUCAGGUCAGGUGGGUGGACGAAGGGUCAUUCCAAUUUUUGAGGGAGAGGAACAGAGGAGCAGCCGAUCGGCCGGCGAUGUCGGCGGGUGUGGGGAGGAAGACGGCGUGCGUCACCGGAGGAAGCGGCUACAUCGCUUCGGCGCUCGUCAAGACGCUGCUCCAGAAGGGGUACGCCGUCAAGACGACGGUCAGAGAUCCUGAUGACAUGGAGAAGAACUCGCAUCUGAAGGACUUGCAAUCGCUCGGCCCCUUGGAGAUCAUCCGCGCACAACUGGACGAGGAAGGCAGCUUCGACGAUGCGGUUUCCGGGUGCGACUACGCCUUCCUGGUCGCCGCUCCGAUGAACCUCGGGUCAGGGGAUCCUGAGAGGGAUCUGAUCGAGGCCGCUGUGCAAGGGACCCUGAACGUGAUGAGGUCGUGCGCGAAAGCAGGGACGGUGAAGCGGGUGAUCCUGACGUCGUCGGACGCCGGUGUGUCGAGGCGGCCGCUGCAGGGCGCCGCCGGGCACGUGCUGGACGAGGCGUCCUGGUCCGACGUCGCCUACCUCAGAGCCCACAAGCCACCCACCUGGGCUUACGCGGUGUCGAAGGUGUUGUUGGAGAAGGCGGCGAGCGAGUUCGCGGAGGAGAACGGCAUCGGCCUCGUCACCGUGCUGCCGGUGUUCACCCUGGGCGCCGCGCCGGUCUCCAAGGCCAGGACCAGCGUCCCCGUCACGCUCUCCUUGUUGUCCGGCGACGAGGCGCAGCUGGACAUCCUGAAAGGCCUGCAGUCGGUGACGGGGUCCGUGUCGAUCAGCCACGUGGACGACCUGUGCCGCGCCCAGGUGUUCUUGGCGGAGAACGAGUCCUCUUCCGGAAGGUACAUCUGCUGCAGCCACAACACCACGCUGCUGCAGCUCGCCCGUCUCCUGGCGGACAGGUACCCGCAGUACGGCGUGAAAUCCGACCGGUUUGAUGGGUUCCCCGAGGAGCCUAGAGUGUGCCUCUCGUCCGCGAAGCUCGUCGGGGAAGGGUUCGAGUUCAAGUAUGAGAGGCUGGAGGAGAUAUUCGACGAUCUUGUGGAGUACGGCAGGGUCACGGGGAUUCUGCCUCACUGAUCCGAUGCUCGUCACUUUUGUUUGUUGAGUCAAUGACGACGUACUCUGUCCGUCCGUCUGAUAUCAAGUUUUUUAUUACAUGCAGUUAGACGUUUUUUAAACAUAUAUACAUUCAUACGAGAUCCGUUUAGUUUCCGAAAUAUACUGAGACGUAUAAAAUUGCACUC